UUUAUCAAGAAAAAAAUGGGAUCAACUGCCAAAAUAAUAUUUUGUAUGAUGUGUUCUUCGUGCAUUAUUACGUCACUCUUGGAAGCUGCAAGAAUCUUAGCAAUAAUUUCGAUACCAUCCUAUAGUCAUCAAAUUGGCUAUCAACCAUUAUGGACUGCCCUAAGCCGACGAGGACACAAAGUUGUUGUUCUAACAACGAAUCCAGUUAAUGAGCCUAACAUCACAAAUUUAACAGAAGUCGAUUUUCAUUACAACUAUAGACUAUUGAAAGAUCUAAAUCACGUAAAAAUGAUGGAGCAUGAUACAUGGAUAAAUGUAGAACGUAAUUUGCUGUUUAAUGUAGGCAAUGAAUUGACAGAGGAUAUUUAUAAACAUCCAGAAGUACGUAAAAUGUAUGCACCAGAUAGUGAUCAAAAAUUUGAUGCAGUAAUUAUAGAAGUUAUUAAAACACCUGGUCUCUAUGCAUUGGCACACAGAUUUAAUGCACCUCUUAUAGGUAUAUCAUCAGUAGGAUUGUACAGUCAUAUUUAUUAUCUUCUUGGUGCACCCGUUUUGCCAUCACAUCCUUCAAAUUGGGAAAUGAAAGAAGUUACCGGUUUUAAUCUAUCAUUGUGGCAGCGGUUAAAAAAUGUUAUUGAACAGUGGUAUCACAUAUAUUGCGUGUUGAAUCAUUUCUUUCCUCAACAGCAAGCAAUAGCAGAAAAAUAUCUCGGAAAGAAUAUACCAAACAUAGUUGACAUGGAGAGAAACAUUAGUAUUAUAUUUCAUCAUCAACAAGAAGCUCUCUCCUUUAUAAGACCGAAAACACCUAAUGUUAUAGUAUUUGGUAAUUCCCAUGUUUCAAAAAAUACUUCAGCUUUACCGAAAAACUUGAAUAAAUUUCUGGUAGAUGCACCAAAUGGAUUUAUUUACAUGAGUCUGGGUACUAAUGCUCAUAUGUCACAUUUUUCCAAGCAUGUGUUAAAGGCAUUUUGUGAUAUUUUUGCAAGUUUGUCAACAAAAGUUGUGUGGAAAUUAGAUGAAGAAUUGACGAAUAAAUCAGACAAUAUUUAUACUGCUAAAUGGCUUCCUCAACAGAGCCUCCUUGCUCACCCAAAAAUUAGAUUGUUUAUAUAUCAAGGUGGACUUCAAAGCACGGAAGAAGCUGUUUAUAACGCUGUACCACUUAUAGGAUUACCAAUUCUGGCAGACCAAUAUACGAAUGUUAAUAAAAUGGUAUCUCUCGGAGUUGCAAAAUAUCUAAAUUAUCGAAAUAUUUCAACAGAAAUUGUAAAUUCAUCCAUAACAGAUCUCUUAAACGAUAAGAGGUAA